CGCAAACAGAUAUCUGUUUGCGUCUCCUACUGGAUGUCAGAACCGGGGACGCCUUUCGCUGUCUGGCUGCCGUUGUUUCUCAGAGGCCUGUGCAAGUCACGUGCCGCUACACCUCAGAAAAAUUCCUGCGCUGAAGGGUCAAGCUUACAGCUAAGUUAUCCCACUUUCAAUCUUUUUUGCCUUUUAAAUUAGCUCAUUGGAGGCGGCACAUUCCUUGUCGCCUCUUUCGACUACUUCUUAACCAUUCCGCCUCUGCGACCAGCCAUUCCUCUCUUCUCUUCAUCGAUACCCAAGUUUCGCCCAGUCGCAGCAGGCUCUGCAUUUGUCCUCGUGUCUGCGUCUGCUCACUGCAGCAGCCUUUUCACCCCACUCUACUGCAUAUCAUCCGUAAGGUUCUACGCGAAAAGCAAGAGGAAGAUGCCGCCAAAGAAGGAGGUAAAGCAAGAGAAGGUACUUCUCGGAAGACCAGGUAAUAACUUGAAGAGUGGUAUCGUCGGCCUUGCAAACGUAGGCAAAUCAACACUCUUCCAGGCUAUAACUAAGUCUACGCUCGGCAACCCGGCUAAUUUCCCGUACGCCACGAUUGACCCUGAAGAGGCACGCGUCAUUGUUCCAGACGAGCGGUACGACUGGCUUUGCAAUCAUUAUAAACCGAAGUCUGAAGUACCAGCCAACCUAACCGUGUAUGAUAUCGCCGGGCUGACGCGCGGAGCCUCGACCGGUGCUGGCCUGGGCAAUGCUUUCUUAUCCCACAUUCGUGCCGUAGAUGCCAUCUUUCAGGUUGUUCGAUGCUUUGACGACGCCGAGAUUAUUCACGUAGAAGGUGAUGUUGACCCAGUUAGAGAUCUGGACAUCAUCAGCGAAGAGCUACGCAUCAAGGACAUUGAAUUCGUAGAAAAGGCAUAUGAGAACCUUGCGAAGCAGACCAAACGUGGUGGCCAGUCUCUUGAAAUGAAAAAGCUCAGGGAAGAGCAAGCAACCAUUGAAAAAGUGUUGCAAUGGUUGAAGGAUGGCAAGGACGUGCGGAACGGCGACUGGUCGCCUAAGGAGGUGGAAGCAAUCAAUCCACUUUUCCUUCUCACAGCAAAGCCGGUCGUAUUCCUCAUCAACUUGAGUGAGAAGGACUACAUCCGGAAAAAGAACAAGCAUCUUCCAAAGGUCGUCGAAUGGAUCAAGACACAUGCACCGAAUGAUCCUGUCAUCCCGAUCUCGGUUUCCUUUGAAGAGCGGCUGACAAGGUUCGCAACUGAAGCUGAGGUUGAAGAGGAGUGCAAGAAGGUCGGUGCGACAUCUGCACUACCUAAGGUCAUUGUGACCAUGCGCAAAGCGCUUAAUCUGAUAAGCUUUUUUACCACUGGCUCGGACGAAGUGCGGCAAUGGACUAUUAGAGCAAACACCAAGGCGCCUCAAGCCGCAGGUGUGAUUCACGGAGACUUCGAAAAGACAUUCAUCCAGGCUAUUGUGUACAACUUCAACGUCCUGAAGGAGGAGGGUGACGAAGCGGCGGUGAGAGCUAAAGGCAAGGUCAUGACCAAAGGCAAGGACUAUAUUGUGGAAGACGGCGACAUCAUGCUCUUCAAGGCCGGCGCAGCCAAAAAUUAAAGCAUUGUGUUAGUUCUAUAUGUAUUACGCGCUCGUCCUCGCUUCAAUGCUCCCUUUCUAUCUAUCGCAGAUGCAGUUCAAGGGAAGUAGUUGAAUCUGAGGGAUCGCAAAUGUUUGAAUGCGCUGCUCUAGAGUACGACGAUAAAUGAAGGUCUCGCAAGGUUACGAGGUCCUGUUUGUAGACACUCAAGUCGAUACUAAAAGCAAGAUAUCCUUAACAAAGUCUACCAUCGAACAGUCUAGACAAUGAUGUGUCGUCCCAUUAGAGGUACGCACCGUGCGACCACCGCACAGCAUAUGAUCAGCCCUAGUACAACAUAUC